AUGUUUCCUUCUCACCCCUCUGUGUCUGCAGGGUCCCUGGCGCGAGGCCGCUGGCUCAUGAUCCCCUUGCUGGUGCAGGCCUGGCUCAUUGCUUCCCCCAGCAGAGUCCGAGAGCGCCCGUGCCCCCGGAGCUGCCGCUGUGAUGGCAAAAUAGUCUACUGUGAGUCAAAUGCCUUUCGCGAUGUGCCAAAGAAUGUAUCCAUGGGAUGCCAGGGCCUCUCUCUGCGCUACAACAGCUUGGUUAGCCUCAGGGCUGGUCAGUUUGCCAGCCUCAGUCAACUUGUGUGGCUGUACCUGGACCACAACUACAUCAAUGCGGUGGACAGUCAAGCCUUCCAGGGUGUGCGCAGAUUAAAGGAGCUGAUCCUCAGCUCAAAUAAGAUCACACAGCUGGAAAACAGUACGUUCCAUACGAUUCCAAACCUACGUAACUUGGACCUCUCUUACAACAAGCUGCAGGUGCUACAGCCUAACCAGUUUCAAGGAUUGCGCAAGUUGCUAAGUCUCCACAUAAGAUCAAAUUCUCUUAAGGUAGUUCCCAUGCGAGUGUUCCAGGAUUGCAGAAAUCUUGAAUUCCUUGACCUGGGCUACAAUCGACUGAGGAGUCUCACCCGCAAUGCAUUCGCAGGACUGCUUAAGCUGACUGAGUUACAUUUGGAGCACAACCAAUUCUCAAAGAUCAAUUUCUCUCAUUUCCCUCGUCUAAACAACCUUCGAGCUCUCUAUUUGCAGUGGAACCGGAUAAAAUCUAUAACACAGGGAAUUACAUGGACCUGGACCUCUUUGCAAAAGCUUGACCUCUCUGGAAAUGACCUGCAGGUGUUGGAUGCCAGCAUUUUCCAGUGUCUCCCUAAUUUGCAGACCCUUAACCUUGACUCCAACAAGCUUAGCAACGUGUCUCAGGAGGCCGUUGCAGCCUGGAUCUCUCUGACUACUAUCAGUCUAGCAGGAAACAUUUGGGACUGCAGUCUCAGCCUCUGCCCUCUUGUUGCCUGGCUGAGGAACUUCAAGGGGAACAAGGAGGCAACCAUGAUUUGUGCUGGACCCAAGGGGGUUCAGGGUGAGAAAGUUAUGGAUGCUAUGGACACGUUCGGAAUCUGCAAGGCUACCCCAACUCCAUAUCUUCUGGUCUCCACUACUCUCAUUUCCCCAUCAAAACCUGGACGUGUGCUAGUUCCCACAAUGUCCAGGGUGGACAAGGAGAGUACCCGUAACACCCCUAUUGUCCCCUCUCCUACUGUUGCUUCCCCACCUGUUCCCGAGCAGGACUAUGAACAUGUGUCCUUUCAUAAGAUCAUAGCAGGCAGUGUGGCUCUCUUCUUAUCAGUGGCCAUGAUCUUGCUUGUGAUCUAUGUCUCCUGGAAGCGUUACCCAAGUAGCAUGAAGCAGCUACAGCAGCACUCCAUGGUGAGAAAGCGCCGGAAAAAGGCACGGGAGACAGAGCGAACCCUUAGCUCACCACUACAGGAGUAUUAUGUGGACUACAAACCCACAAACUCUGAAACCAUGGACGUACUAGUCAAUGGGACAGGACCCUGCACCUAUACCAUCUCCGGCUCCAGAGAAUGUGAGGUAUGAUCCGUCGCCUCCUAAAAUCCAUUUCCACUGCGGGCUACAAGAGGUAAAUGUCUUGUCAAUGUGAGGAAAAAAUGUGUUGUGUCCCCAUUUCUCCCACAAGCUGUAUCUUUUUAAAGGGUAGGAAACAUGGGUCAAUGCAUGGCAACUUGAGUCAUAGGUUUUUUGGGCUUGUUAUUCUGGGUUUGAUUUUCUUUUUGUUUGUUUGUUUACCUCAGGUAUUGUAACCCAAAAGCAUGCACCACAGCACAUAUGAUUGAAUCAAAUGUCAAUAGUGGUUUGGAGGGCUUCUAUCAGCUGAAACAAAACACAGAAGGCAGCUAUCCAAAUAUAUCAACAAUUGGCUUUUAAAAAUGGAUGUUAUGUACUGGAUCAAGUCUCUGUGCAGUGGUCCUUUCCUAUCCUGAAUGUGUUGUUGUGAAUGUGUUGAUAUGAACAUACACUGCCUCGGGAAAAAUUAGGAUUUCUUGUUUAAAGGAUAGAGAGAGAGAGAGAAUAAUAUAAUAGAGCAAAUUUAUUGCUGCUGUUCUAAGACAAAUUUUUAGUUUAUUUUGAGUUCUGAGUACACAUGGGUUUUUGAAGCACUGAAAUAUUCUCUGAUAUUCAUGCUCUAUAUCUGUCUUAUCUUUAGUUAAGAGCAUAGCUAAUGACAAACUACACUAAUCUUUAUAUAUCACCAUUCUCUAUGUCUGAAUUAGGAGGGAUGUGGGUCUUUUUUCCUAGUAGGUGAGCACAUAACGUAUCAAUAAUGUAUGUACUGUCAUAUAUUCUUUUCAUGAUGUGAUAUAAUUGAGCUUGAUGUAGAUACACAUGGACAGAUUAACACUUCUACUGUCUAAACCCUUAAACUGAGGAACUGAAGUAUACAUCAUAGACAUAUCCAUAGGCUUUCCAUAUUUCAUUUCUCAUCUAUGUAACAUUCCUUUAAUCAGGACUGUAAAACCCAGUAUUGCAAUAGUUUCCCAAUAUGUAGGAUCACCCAGAAAUGUAAUAAUAUUUGCACGUAAUGCACUUAAUUUAUUUUUUUUCAAAAUGGAUGAUGUCAUACUUUUAAGAGAUGUUGCCAAAGGUCUUCUACAAUGCUUUUGUGAAUUCAGCAAAAUAUAGAAUAUUGACUAAUAAUUAACAUGGCAUUACAUUAUCAGACAAAGUGUUAUAUCAGCUAUCUGAAAA